UCUUCUUGUUACAGUAUUUAAUCUGCAACUGACCCACUAACCAGAGACACUCUCCAACUGAGGAGCUAUAUAUACAGUCUGUGAUUAGAUAUAUAUUAUAUAUAUACUCUCACACCCCCCCCCAGUGAUGUGCCAGACCUCAGGGGCUAUUUCAUAGGCAAUCAUAGUCGUUUUGCUCUUUUUUUUUUGGGUCCUGGACUGAAAUUGGGGAGAAAUCUUUUAUUUUUUUUGUUACAGACUUGACUGAGUUGUCUUGGGGGCAGAGAGAAAGCAAGAGAAUGGCAGAGCACCUGAUGAUGCCUAUUAACCCAGGUCGCUUCUCUGACAACACCAGUGGGUUACAGAGCUAUCGCCUGGGGGUGAACCCUUUACAGCCUCCUCAGCAACAACAACAACAACAACAGCAGCAGCAACAGCAACAACAACAACAGCAGCAGCAGCAGCCAGGUCUCAGGAGAAGCCACGCCGCCGUUGGAGGAGCCUCUCUCAUGCACUACGGGGGUCUGAGCCUGGAUACUAAUGGGGGCGUCGGUGUCGGUGUCGUCAGGUCUCGCCCCGGGAUGGGCAACAUGACGGGAACUAUAAGCCAUCAUCACCAGCUGCCUGGCGCAAUGCUGUACAGCGCGCAUCAGCAACAGCAACAACAACAACAGCACCAACACCAUCAACAACAACAACAACAACAUCAUCAACAGCAGCAGCAGCAACAGCAGCAGCAGCAGCAACAACAACAACAACAACAACAGCAGCAAUAUCUCGGGACUCUAAGCCCGCAUCAGCAACUCAUGGCUACAAUGCAUCUGCAGAAACUGAACCAUCAGUAUCACGGGCUGCCGCUGUUGGGAGUGAGCGCCGGGUUAGGGCAGCAGUACCGAGGAGGUGCUGUGAGCCAGAGCUCUCUGCCUGGAGGAGGGCUGGGGGUCUCCUGCUCGCCAGCUGCGGUUCCCCCCUGCUUCUCGCUCAACGUUACGGACACCGACCCCAUAGACGAGGAGGUCUUGACGUCUCUGGCUCUGGAGCUGGGUUUGGAUCGCAUCCAGGAGCUGCCUGAGCUGUGGCUAGGACAGAACGAGUUCGAUUUCAUUUCAGACUUUGUCAAACAGCAGCCCAGCACCGUCAGCUGCUGAAACGAACAACAAAAAAAACACACAAAACUUGAGAACACAAAAAAAAAUACAAACAACGAAACGGUCGUCUGCCUGGCUUUAUAUUAUUAUUAUUAUUAUUGUCAUUAAUAUUUUUGUGUGCGGGAGUUGGGGGUGGGGAGGCUGGGCGUGCGGAGGGAUGGGGGAAGGAAGAAAGAAAAAAAAAUACAAUCUGAAAAUAUUGCACUAGGGAUUUGAGUGUUUUGCGACAGUAUCAAACCUCCUUAAUUACCUCCCUCCCUCCCUCCCUCCUUCCCUCUCUCUUCACUGCUGCUUUCAAAGAGACAGCCUCCCCUUUUUUUGGGGGGGAAAAAAAGCCCUGUAACCUACCUAAACUAUCAAGAGUCAGUGACAGAGCAAAAACAAGCUGUCAAACCUAAUGAUUAAUGUUCCAUAGUUUUCUAUGUCGGUGUGGGGUGGAAGUGAGGGGGGGUGUGGGAGAGGAGGGAGGAACUGUGAUUUCAGUCUUGAAAUAAAACAAGAAUACUUCUUUUUUAACGUAA